AACAAAAAUACACAAUUGCUCGACGAGCUAAAAAAAAUUGUAUAUAAAAUUUAAACGAUUUUUUAUAUAAGCAUUCCAUUGUGUCCAACGAAUGAAAAGGAAACUGAUUCCAUACCACAAAACUUUGGUCCACAAGCUCGAUUCCGUAGGAAAAUAAAUAAGCUACACGUCACGGAUUUCAUGAACUAUUUGUCAUCUGUUUUGGACUACUACGACAGUAGUGUUCAGAUAGUCGUAAGAACCAGAUAGGGAAAAACCCAUUUUUAAUUUUACAAAAUUUUAAAUUUUUAUUAAGGACCUCCAAAAAAAAAAGAUAAAAACCCUAAAUUACAGUCUCAGCCAAUUCAUCAAAAAAAGGGAUAACUAUGAGCAGCAGGCGAUCGAUUGGAUCUUACCAUGGUUCCAGGCGAGAUUCCGUACACACGGAUGCUCCGUGCAACCCAUUUGACAACCGGAACUCUGAGGUGGUCCCCAGACCCUAUGAAUUGAUGCGUCAACGGAACUGCAAGACGGAGAAAUUCAUUCCAUUUGAGCGCUAUCCCACCAUUCGACCACCUGUGUCCAAGUGCAGCUACGACAAGACCAAGAACUGGCUGUCUGAAUCGGUGGAUCAGGGAGGAUGUGAAGAUAUCAGUGCUAAAGCGCAGGACGCUAUUAAGAUCUGGAAGAAUAGCCCGCACAAGAGCACUCUGAAGUACUAUGGCGUUGCAAAUGGGUCCUAUCUACCGGAGGCUGUUAGAUUUAACCGGACAUUGACAAGCAGCCUUAAACACGCCAGUGGCUUAAGGAAACGAGUUCCUAGUCCACCGCUUGCACCUAAGCCCGCAAGACCGCCACAUCCAGCUCCCCUGUGUCAACCAUACAUCCUCAACCGACAGGCCCUGAAAGCAGAGCUCCAAAGGAUGCCCAUUGCACGGCAGAAACUGCACCCCAAAGAGGCUUUUGGAACGCUAUUCUGUGAGAAGACUCAGGAUCCCAUGGAUCCCCUUGGAGUGGAUGCGGCAACUACUAGAAUGGUGAGUUUGAGAGAGGCCCUGGACAUGGUCAGGCCGGAGAAGCCUCCAAAGCACGGCCUGAGACGCAAUCACUGGUACUGCCCCGCCAAAUGUGGCGAACGGGAGAACAAGUGCACCGACUACGAGUGGGCCAAGUACAAGUUGGACUCCCGACCCUACGAUGAGGCCUUCCACAAGUGGUUCCUCGACCAGAAAGCUCCACCGGAUAACGAGCCACACGACUACGAUGAGCUCUAUAGGCGAUUCCAAGCCUGCUUCGAGGUGAAACCCCAACCAGAUCCCGAUUGCAUGGCCAUGGCGAAGUGCUGUGCGGAUGUGAUCAAGGAAUUCAAAGAGGAGGGUGGUGGUGGAGCAGGUGGCGGAGGUGGAGGAGGAGCAGGUGGAUGGGGAGGCGGUGAAGGUGGUGAAGGAGGCGGCGGAGAAGGAGAAGGUGGUGGAGCUGGAGGUGGAGGUGGUCCAGGUGGAGGCGGACCUAAGAAAGAAGGUCAGCCUGGUGGCCCAGGUCCUAGUCAAGGUCCUGGCCCUGGUCCUUCUCCAGGAGGUACAAAUCGGCCAGAAAAAGCCAAAGAAAAAGGUGAUGGCGACAAAGAAGAUAUAGAAAAGGAUAAAACCAAGGAUAAGGGCAAAGGUACUGAUAAAGAUAAGAGUACUGGCCAAGAUAAAGAUAAGACUAAGGAAACUGAAAAGGGUAAUGAUAAGGAAGGGGAUAAAAAAGACAAGGACAAGAAAAAAGAUAAGAUUCAGGACCCAGAUAAAGGUAAACCCAAGGAUCCGGACCAGGAAGAAAAAGAUAAAAACAAGAACAAGGGCAAAGGCAAGGGUAAAAAUAUAAAUAAGGUUACCAACCCGGAUGAGGAGACGGGAUCGGGCAAGAAAAAGGAUGUGAAAGAUCCAGAUCUGGAAAAACCGAAUCCGCUUAAGCCACCGAAACCACCCAAGGAGCAAUUCGAAAGCAACACCGAUACGUCCACGCGGAUUUUUUCCUCUCUGGACACCAGGGAAUCGGAUAAAGUGCCGAUCAGACCAAUUGAAGAACCAUCUAAGGAGCCUCCGCCAAAAGGGGAAAUUGAGGAGAAGCCGCAGAAGCCUCCAAGUAAGAAACCGCCCGGCAAGAAACCGCCCAAUAAGAAACCAGGCAAGCCCAAGCCCCCGAAGGUCGACAAGGGGGAAAAGGAUAAGGAGGAGGAGGCUGUGAAGGAGUGUCCCACUUGUCCACCAGCAGACUGCCCGUGCUCCAUUUGCGACUGUCUCUACGCUCAGAAGCUGCCCGUUUCCCCGGCGAUGAAAAAGGUGUUUGCCCAGGAGAAGGUUCGCAAAAUGAGGGAGUACCUCCGGCAGAUGCGCCACCGGGAGUACAUGGAGUGCGCUGGCCAAAAGCCGACGGCUCCCCAGCACAAGGUGGACCCCAUCAGCUGCGAUAACUGCUUCUGCCAGGAUCCCAAGAUAUCCGAGUACUGCGAGUGCCUGGGCGCCCUGCAACAUCUGCAGCGGCUCCUGGGCAAGGAGCGCCAUCCGAUCGUCAACAACGAGCUGCUCUUCAACCUCGAAGAUCUCCGCCAGAGGAUCGCCCGGCGAAUGUGCGAGUGCAUCUGAGAAGUCUUUUUCGACCGUUUUAUUGGCUUGUAUCCUUUGACACAUAUGAGUGUUUUUUCCAAAUUUGACAAUUGUAC